UGUUUAGAAAAAAUGGUGUCUGGAAAGAGUGGUAUCAAGAAAGAGAAAGUUGGUGCUGGGAGAGUGGUGUUGUAGAAAAUUGGUGUUUAGAAAGAGGGUGGUAUCAGAAAAGAAUGGUGUCUAGAAAAGGUGGUGUUGGAAAAGAUUUGUCAUUAGAGAAGAGAUUGUUAUUAGCAACAACAAAAACAUCAAAAAUGAUUACUCCAGUAACAGCUAAAGAAGCACCAAGAAUGACAACAUACCAAAAGUCUUGCAACACCAAAAGCAAUGAUAUAUCAAAAGCCACAGUGACUCUAAAAGCAAUUACAACUUUAAAACAGCGAUUCAACAGGUGA